AGCCCCACGGGGCGGGGAGUCUCGGGCCGGCUCCACCCCGGCCCGCGCGGGCUCGGGAGGGACCUGAGGAGCGCGCCACCGCGGCCCUCCCCUCGCCCGGCCCUGCGCCCUCGGUGGCUCGUCUGCGCCCGGCCGGACAUGCUGCCCGACUGCCUGUCGGCCGAGGGCGAGCGGCGCUGCCGGCGGCUGCUGGCGGGAACCACGGCCCGGCUCCGCGCGCGGCCCGCGGCGGCCGCGGUGCUCGUGCCGCUGUGCUUAGUGCGCGGGGUCCCGGCGCUGCUCUACACGUUGCGGUCCAGCCGCCUGGCUGGGAGACACAAGGGGGACGUCAGUUUCCCAGGAGGCAAGUGUGACCCCGCUGACCAGGACGUGGUGCACACAGCCCUGCGGGAGACCCGGGAGGAGCUGGGCCUGGCCGUGCCUGAGGAGGACGUGUGGGGCAUCCUGCGGCCUGUGUAUGACCAGCAAAAAUCCACCGUGGUGCCCGUGCUUGCUGGCGUGGGCCCACUGGAUCCCCAGAGCCUCAAGCCCAAUCCUGAGGAGGUGGAUGAGGUGUUUGCGCUGCCCCUGGCCCACCUGCUACAGAUGCAGAAUCAGGGCUAUACCCACUUCUGCAAGGGUGGCCACUUCUGCUACACACUUCCCGUCUUCCUGCAUGGACCACACCGUGUCUGGGGGCUCACAGCUAUCAUCACGGAAUUCACCCUGCAGCUGCUGGCACCUGGUGCCUACCAGCCCCGCGUGGCCAUUCCUGAGCGGCCCAGUGGCUAAGAGCUUGGCCUUAGCAGCCCCUGCCUUUGUCUUGCUGGGCCGGCUCCACUCUAGGACUGAAUAAAGAGUUUUUGACAACU